AACAAAUCACACUUAUCCACAAGUUCCAAACACAAAAGUCCAACACAACCUUUCCAUGAUCCGAAAACUAAACGGGUCGGAUCGCCGGGUAUUGACAUUCCCGGUGGUUUAUCCCGGCGAAGACAUCGCCAUCUCCACCCUCCUCACUUCCCUCAUCUCCCUCUCCAACUCCAUUUCCACUUUCCAACACACCUUCUUCACCGGCAACAAGCGGAACGCGAGAAAUGCCAUUCGUUUGACCCAGCUUCUCCAACCUUUCCUCUAUGAGAUUCGAAACCACAAUCCGGAUCUUCCCGACCCGGUAGCGCUCUGCUUGUCGGAGCUCCAUGUAACCUUCCAGAAGCUUCUCUUCUUGCUGGAAGACUUAACCCGCGAAGGUGCACGGCUGCGGAUGCUGAUGGAGUCGGAGCGGGUUGCGGCGGAGUUUCGGGUCGUGUCCAGAGCCGUGGCUACAGCUCUGGAUAUUUUCCCUUUUGGUGCCGUUGAGGUCUCGGAGGAGGCUGAAGAGCAGGUUUUGCUGCUGAUGAAGCAGGCGAGGGAGGCCAGAUUUGAGGUUGAGCUUGAUGAUGAGCGUGCUGUGAUGGGUGUUAUGUCGAUUUUGAACCAGUUUGAGAACCGGGUUGCUCCGGAUGAGGGUGAACUGAAGCGGGUUAUUGAGUAUAUUGGGGUUUGCAGGUGGAGUGAGUGCAACAGGGAGGUGAAGUUUUUGGAGGGUGAAAUUGGGUUUGAGGGCUUGAAUGAAGAAAAAAAGAGGAAGGUGAGUUUUCUGAGUAGUUUGAUGGGGUUUAUGAGUUACUGCAGAUGUGUGGUAAUGGAGGUAGUGGAUGGUGAAGAAGGUAACAACAAGAAAUCUGAUGCAAGCAAUGAAAGUGAGAUGAUCUUGAGUUGUGUUAGCUCAGAUGAUUUUCUAUGUCCAAUCUCAUUGGAGUUGAUGAGAGAUCCAGUGACUAUAGAAACAGGUCACACCUAUGAUCGUUCUUCAAUUCUCAAAUGGUUGAAAAGUGGAAAUGCAACAUGUCCUAAGACAGGUAAAAGGCUUAGCAGCACUGAGUUAGUACCCAACUUGGUGCUCCGGAGGCUUGUUCAGCAAUAUUGCUCUGUCAAUGGCAUUCCUUUUGCUGAUUCUGGUCGCCGGAACCGUGACAUCACGAGGACGGUGCAGCCGGGAAGUGUGGCGGCAGAGGAAGCUAUGAAAAUGGUUUCUGGUUUUCUCUGUGGAAGAAUUGAAAAUGGAAGAGGGGAAGAGAAGAACCGUGCAGCCUUUGAAAUGAGGCUUCUUUCCAAAACAAGCAUUUUUUGUAGGUCUUGUUUGGUAGAAGCUGGUUCUGUCCCUCUUUUGUUGAUUCUGUUGUCAUCAAGCGAUUCAUCAGCACAAGAGAAUGCAAUUGCAGCACUUCUGAACCUCUCAAAAUACUCCAAAAGCAGAGCUCAGAUGGUUGAGAAUUGGGGAUUAGAAUUUAUUGUAGGAGUUCUAAACAAAGGAGAAAAGAUGGAAGCUCGCCAGCACGCUGCAGCUGUGUUGUUCUACCUUGCUUCUUCGAAUGCAGAGCACGGGAACAAGAUAGGAGAGGAGCCAGAAGCAAUUCCAUCACUGAUCAGGCUCAUCGAAGAUGGCGCUGAUCGAAGCCAAAAGAAUGGCUUGGUGGCAAUGUUUGGCCUCCUUAAGCACCCUGAAAAUGUUAAGAGGGUAAUAACAGCUGGAGCAGUUCCUUUGUUAGUUAACAUCUUGAAAACAUGUGAGAAAGAUGACAUUAUCACAGACUCCUUAGCAAUUCUGGCAACAAUUGCAGAGAGAAGUGAUGGAACAGCAGCAAUCCUUAAAAUUGGAGCCUUGGAUGUUGCUGUUGAAAUCUUGAGCUCUUCUUCCGCUUCAAGGAUGGGGAUGGAGCAUUGUGUUUCUUUGUUGCUGUGUUUAUCACUGAAUGGGGGAGGAGAUGUGGUUGCUCAUUUAGUGAAGAAAGCUUCUCUUAUGGGACCUUUGUAUUCUCAACUCAGUGAAGGAACAUCGCGAGGAAGCAAGAAGGCUAGUGCUUUGAUCAGGGUCCUCCAUGAUUUUUAUGAAAGGAGGUCCUUUGGCUUCAAGGCUCCAGUGAUUCCACGUGAACAAUUCAUUCAUGUGUGGUAAUGGUAACCCAGUGUAUUUUUUUUCCAGCUGGGUAUUCUUUUAUUUGGUUGAUAGUGUGUAUGAAUUGUAGAUACUGUUGUAUACUUGUAUACUUUUUGUUAUUUGUAGUACUCCAUGUUAGCUCAUGUUUUAAAGAGCUCAUGGUUUUAUCAGCUUCUGUUUUUAACUAUGAAGCUUGUACAGAUUAUUGUAGUUGUAAUCCCAUUUAUUUUGUAUGAAUCAAAUAAGAUUGAGUA